AUGGCAAGCGAACCAGAGUUUCAGCAGGCCUACGAUGAGAUUGUUUCUUCCGUGAAGGAUUCUAAAGUCUUCGAGAAGUUCCCGCAGUAUAAAAAGGUACUACCCAUUGUCUCUGUUCCGGAAAGGAUCAUUCAAUUCCGAGUCACCUGGGAAAACGACAAAGGCGAGCAAGAGGUGGCACAGGGAUACAGAGUGCAGUUUAACUCAGCCAAGGGCCCUUAUAAGGGCGGACUACGUUUCCACCCAUCAGUGAACCUGUCAAUACUGAAAUUCCUGGGUUUUGAACAGAUCUUCAAGAACGCCCUCACUGGGUUGGAUAUGGGUGGUGGUAAGGGUGGUUUGUGUGUGGACUUGAAGGGAAAGUCAGACAAUGAGAUCAGAAGAAUUUGUUACGCGUUCAUGAAAGAACUAAGUAAACAUAUUGGUAAGGACACAGACGUCCCCGCGGGUGAUAUAGGUGUUGGCGGCCGUGAAAUCGGUUACCUGUUUGGGGCUUACAGAUCGUACAAGAAUACCUGGGAAGGUGUCUUGACCGGUAAGGGCUUGAACUGGGGUGGCUCGCUCAUCAGACCUGAGGCCACUGGGUUCGGCCUCGUGUACUACACGCAAGCGAUGAUCGACUAUGCGACGAACGGCAAGGAAUCGUUCGAGGGCAAGCGUGUGACCAUCUCCGGAAGCGGCAACGUGGCGCAAUAUGCAGCUCUAAAAGUUAUCGAGUUGGGUGCUAUUGUGGUGUCGUUGUCCGAUUCGAAAGGGUGCGUUGUCUCCGAGACAGGUAUUACUUCCGACCAGAUCAGCGAUAUUGCUGCAGCGAAGAUCCGCUUCAAGUCUUUGAGGGAAAUUGUCGAGGAGUACUCCACGUUCAGCGAGAGUAAAGUCAAGUAUAUCCCGGGAGCACGCCCGUGGACGCAUGUGAGAGACGUGGACAUUGCCCUACCAUGUGCCACCCAAAACGAGGUCAGCGGCGAUGAGGCCAAGGCCCUGGUAGCAUCCGGGGUCAAGUUCGUGGCCGAAGGUGCGAACAUGGGCUCUACGCCCGAGGCAAUCUCUGUUUUCGAAACCGCACGCAGCACUGCAGCCAAUGCUAAGGAGGCGGUCUGGUUUGGCCCGCCAAAGGCUGCCAAUCUUGGCGGUGUAGCGGUGUCCGGCCUGGAAAUGGCUCAGAACUCCCAGAAAGUUACUUGGACCGCCGAGCGAGUCGACCAAGAACUGAAGAAGAUUAUGAUUAACUGCUUCAACGACUGCAUACAGGCCUCAGAAGAAUACGCGACGGAGAAAAACACUAAGACACUGCCAUCAUUGGUCAAGGGGGCCAACAUUGCCAGCUUCGUCAUGGUUGCUGACGCCAUGCUUGACCAAGGGGACGUUUUCUAG